AGCCACACCAGGAAAGGAAACUCAGCGCGCGCUAAAUAAACCUCCGCACACGCCUUCCUGCGGUGAAAAGUUUGUACCAACAAAAAUGGCGAAAGGGAUGUACUUAGAGCAUUAUUUGGACAGCAUUGAGGGUCUUCCCUGUGAGCUGCAGAGAAACUUCUCAUUAAUGGAGGAUUUGGAUAAUAGGACCGAAGAGAAAAAAGCAGAGAUAAGUGAACUAGCUUCUGAGUAUAUUGAAAAAGUAAAAAAUCUGGCAUCUGAGGAGCGUGUCCAGCAUUUAAAGAAGAUUGACAAUGCAUACAACAAAUGCAAAGAGUUCAGCGAUGACAAGGUUCAGCUCGCAAUGCAGAUAUAUGAAAUGGUGGAUAAACACAUUCGACGCUUGGAUGCUGAGCUAGCACGCUUUGAGAAUGAUCUGCAGGAGAAACUGGACUCGGGCAGCCAGGAUAGCUCUGAUGAAAAGCAAUCCAGAAAAGAUAAGAAUAUGAAAGAUAAGAGGGGAUCUCAUGCAAGAGACAAGAAAGCAUCAGAUCAAGACUCCCCCAAGCAGAAAAAAAUUAAAAAUGGCCCCAACAUAAGUGAAUCUCUGCUCGCAAUGCACCCAUCAGAUGUCCUGGAUAUGCCUGUGGACCCUAAUGAACCCACAUACUGUUUGUGUAGUCAAGUAUCAUAUGGAGAAAUGAUUGGAUGUGACAAUUCAGAUUGUCCAAUAGAGUGGUUUCAUUUUGCUUGUGUCGGCCUAACAACCAAACCAAAGGGCAAAUGGUACUGCCCACGAUGCACCCAAGACAUGAAGAAAAAAUAGUAUAUGUUUACAAUGCACCCAGAAUCAAAUAUGUGCCGCAAAUAUACCUUGUGUCUUGUAUAACAUCUCAUUUAGUGGGAAUCAAUUGACUAUCCAUCUGUGCCUUUGCUAUGAUGAUGACCAUGAAUGUAACAGGGAAGAGUAUUACAUGUAUUAUCCAGUUGGUGGCAGCAGAGUGUUUCUUUUCAUUUGGCUAUAAAAUAAAGUUUAUUUAUGAGGGUGUGCAACUUUCAUAUUUUUUUAAUGUCUUCUCCAAAAAGUUCUUCAUAUUACUACAAGAGAUAAAGAGGUUUUCUAAAUAAAGAUUUUUUUUCCGAAA